AUGGAGUACUUCACGCGGGCAGCCACAAAGUCUUUCGACUUGAGUCCAAUUCACGCAAAAGCGGGGACUUUCACUGGCUUAGUCCCAAUUGAAGCUGCUGGCGAUGAAAUGGUGUAUAUUGCCUUGAGAGCACCUAUCUCAUCAACUUCUCUGAUGGUUACGGGACCGGGGUUCAUCGUGCGUCUAAAUGUGUCUGCUAAGCUGGCUGAUUACCCUGAAAGCAAAAAGGAUAGUCUGUCCAAGCAAAAUAAUAGAUCGAGAACAGCUUUGAGAAGAGCAUUUGGGACCUGUGAAUUUAACGUACAUGAAAGUUUCGGUAAUCACUCGCAAUAUGAGCAUACAAAAAACAAACCACCAGCGCCAUUCAAGCCCAAAGGUAGAGAUAAUGUUGGAGAGAUGUGGUGGGAGGCAGAGAAGUGA